AUGAAGAACAUAAACCAUCAUCAAGCUGGAGGUGUUCCUAUUAGGUCGAUCGGAUAUGCAGCUGAAGUGGCUGGAAAACCUGCUGUUUCUACAGAUCUUAAUAGACUCUGUCUUCAAACCACUUCGUCAGAUUCCUCCCAAUAUAAACAGAAAGAAGUGGAUUCACUAAUGGCUUGGAUGAGCAAAUUCAGAAAGAAGGCAGACAGCUACAUGAAAGGCAUAAAAUAUCAUGUGAGUCUAGGGCCCAAAAUCUCAGAGACAGUGAAGGGAAAAUUGAGCUUGGGUGCAAAGAUUCUUCAAGCUGGAGGUGUUGAAAGAGUCUUCAGGCAGAAUUUCUCGGUUGCAAAAGGAGAGAAGCUGUUGAAGGCAUUCCAGUGCUAUCUGUCAACCACAGCAGGCCCUAUAGCAGGACUGCUCUUCAUUUCCACUGACAAGAUAGCGUUCCGGAGUGAUCGAUCCCUCAGGAUCACUUCUCCCAAAGGAAAUUUGGCGAGAGUUCCUUACAAGGUUUUGAUCCCAGUAGGAAGGGUGAAAAGGGCCAGCCUGAGUGAGAACUCAGACAAGCCUCAUCAAAAGUACAUCCAGAUUGUCACCGGGGAUGAUUUUGAGUUCUGGUUUAUGGGUUUUCUCUGUUAUCAGAGAUCUCUGAAGCACUUACGAAGAGCAAUCUCAAGAUCUCAAGUAGGAGUUCUGCAGUGAACGGAAUUGGAGUGCCUUCUUGAUUCGAAUAGUUCUGUAUAUUUAGGUGGUGGAGUGUUAUGACUUGUAUUUGGUACUGAAACUGCUCUCAAUUUUCCAGAAGAGUCAAGUUCAAUGC